CCAACAUGUGAAAGCCUAUUACUGAGGUGUUCUUGGAAUGAGAAAGCGAUGAAUUGCUCGGAGCUGUUCGACUUCCGAAUGACGAUGAACGGCUACUGCUGCACCUUCAACUACUUGCGGGACUCCGAGGAGUUUGAUGACAGAGAUAACAACGAUAGAAAUAUCGACAGCUAUAACUUUGGGAAUAAGUCAACGUUUGAUUUUGAUCAAGGGCUGAAAGUUUUACUCAGAUAUGAUAGAAGCGAUGACUUCUAUUAUAACAUUCCACUUCUUGGGGCACAGAUGCAGUUUUCCGAUGCCUACGAUUUUCCUGACGCGCCUAGUGGAAGUUUUUCCGUACAGAUUAUCAGCCCAUCAGUGCAAGUAAGUUACACAUAUUAAAAUAUUUAUAUAUAACACAAGAAAGUUGAACAAAAUUUUUAAUGAAACAUCAAAACACAUCAAAUUUAAUCACGUUUCACGUUCGUAUCACAAUUUUCCCAGAUGACGGUGUUGGUAACAGCGAGCCUCACCGAAGCGUCGCGGGACAUCGAACACGUGUCGGUGAACGUGCGAGGCUGUCUCUUCCACGAUGAGUCCUCGUACCUGCCCUUCUACACGCACAGCGACUGCAUGCUCAAGUGCCGGAUGCUGUUUCUGGUUAAGAAGUGCAACUGCACCCCUUUCAAUAUGCCCAGCAUGAGGGGUAUUCGCACCUGCAACUUGGCUGAUGUGCACUGUCUGCGGAUUUAUUAUGCUCAAUCCAUCACAGUGCGUCCCGACCUGCGCGUGCCUCCGCCAGAGCUGGAGCUGGACCUGGUCCGCGGCGGCAUCGCCUGCCCGCAGUGCCUGCCCACCUGCUCCAAGACCGCCUACAACUACGAGUUUAAUAACGUCAAGAUGGACCCGGAUACGUUGAAUAAUCCCUCGUCGAUUUACGAUCGGGAAGCGUGGUUACGAGGCUCCAAUUUCAGUGAAACAUCGAUCGUCCACGUGAAGUACGCCGGCGAAUUCGCAGACUGCUACGGCCAGAAUGUUAUCAUGAAGUGGUUUGAUCUUUUCAGUAACAUCGGCUCCACGUGUGGCUUCGUAACUGGCUUCAGUUUCGUCUCGGUGCUGGAAUUCAUCUACUUCUUCACCAUCAAGCUGACGCGGGAGGUGCGGGCCAAGAGGCGGGCGCUUCAGACAGAGACCAAGGCACCAGUGACGUCAUUCAAGGAGCCAGUCACCAGAUACAGGCCUAUUUACUGGAACGAGCUGCGAGGCGGUGGUUUCACACACACGGCCCAGAUUAAUCAUUGAUUAAGAAAA